AUGGCUUCUCUUCCAAACUUACCAGAAACGUUCAAAGCUGUUCGCUGUUCCAAGCCAAAUAAUCCAUGGGAGAUCGUCGAAGUCCCUCUUCGCGCGCCGAAAGGCAAUGAAGUGCUAAUCAGAGUACACGCUUCCGGCGUAUGUAACUCGGAACACUUUGUGAAAGAAGGUACUUGGCCAGGUUUGCAAUACCCCCGCACCCCUGGGCAUGAGGUCAUCGGACGAGUCGCGGCUGUAGGGUCAGGUAUUUUGGCGGCGCACGGGGGAACCGCGCGGUUUCAACUUGGCGCCUUGGUUGGUGCAGGUUGGAACGGGGGCUACUGCAAUCGUUGCGAUGUGUGUCGGAAGGGAGAUUACUGGACUUGUCCAAAUGGGGACUUUACUGGCUUUACUGUCGAUGGAGGCCACGCUGAAUACAUGUACGCACCUGAGACAAUGGUGAUUGGUAUCGAGGAAGAAGCUCUUCAGAAGGCCAGCUACGCAGAGCUUGCACCUCUGUUUUGCGCAGGUGCUACUGUGUUUGACGCCAUACGCACUACAAAAUGGUCACCGGGCGAUGUUUGUGUUGUUCAAGGGAUUGGAGGUCUUGGCCAUCUUGCGGUGCAGUUCGCCGCAAAAAUGGGGUUGAAAGUUUACGCUGUUUCCUCUGGACCUUCCAAGAAAGACCUGGCCAUGUCUCUCGGUGCCCACGAACAUAUCGAUUCGAGUAGCACAGAUGUUGUCAAAUACGUCCAAUCCCUCGGUGGCGCACAGAUUAUCGUUUGCACAGCUCCAUAUGCCAAGCUCAUAUCCGACAUCAUCCCCGCUGUUGCGAAGAACGGCACAGUGACGCUUGUAUCUGCUGCAACGGACAAGCCCAUCGAAGUUUGGAAUCUGACCAUGAACAUGAAUAGGGCCACCAUUCGUGGCUGGUGCUGCGGAUGUGCGCAAGAUAUGGAAGAGUGCGUCAAAUUCGCUACGCAGACAGACAUCAAAACGAUGGUGCAGGAAUACACACUGGAUCAAUUUGCUCACGCAUACGACGCGACCAUGCAGAACAAAGCUCGCUUCAGAAACGUCAUCGUCUUCAAAUAG